AUGACCGAGGCAAGCGUCGAGCUACGCAGUGAGGACGUACGACAAUUAUGGAGCCUCGCUUGUCUGCUAGCAGAGAAGCAAUUGAUUAAUCAGACAGCAAUGUGUUUGGAGCCUUUGUGUGCAAUUGAUUGCAGCACACGUAGCGCCGCAGAGCAAGAGAUUUUAGUACAGGCAAAUGUACUUUUUGCUGAGCUUUGCAGUGUGGCAUGUAACAAUCGUAAAAAAGCAGACAAUCAAGAUUUAUGGACAUAUCGUGUGAUCAAGACGGAGAAAUGUGUCCAUUCGGUUGAUGCUGCUAUAGCACGAGGAGUUGUUUGUAGUCAAGUGAAUAAGCUGCGACUAUUGAAGGCAAAAUAUCUUCUUCAGCAGCAGUUGAAGGUAGAACGGUCUGUAAAGUCCAGAAGAAUACUGGAAAUUUUGUCGGAGGGACUAAAAAUCUCUGUCGAAGGCGACGAUGUUGCUGUUGUCACGUUUCAAAAGUACUUUGAGGUCAAAUUGAAGGCGUGUCUGGUGAAGAUGCACGCUGCAACGGCCAUGGCAAAAUAUGCCAAGGACAGCAAAGGCAUAAAUCACUUUGCAGACAAUUUGUUGUAUAUACGAACCACACUGCCAAAUUGUAUCCACAAGCAUUUUUUGUUGUGGUUGGUAGAGGCGACAUGUCACACAGCGAUCUCAUCUUUUCAUCCUGGAGGCAUUGCAGAAAUGAGUCAACUGGUCGAUUUUGGCGAGGAAUUUUUUGAUCGAGUGUGUCAACAGGAACCUGUUUCUACAGACUUUCGCUUGCACCAUCUGAUUAGUAUGGGGUUCUACUAUUUACGGACAGGCAAGGUAAUGAAAGUGACGCCGUUACUGGAACAAGUCAAGAUAUUAACACAUGGUGAUAAAAGCAAUGGUGACCAAAUGCCAGCGGAAAAUGUCAAGGAAUCGUACCUGAGCACAAUUCUGGACUCGAUGCGGGUGAGCGUUGUGGCAUACUCUAAUCCCAAGGAAGCAUGCGACCUUGCCAUGACUACUAUUCUCGCCGCCCAAGCAAACUUGCAGACGUACGCCCAGUUUCCAGCAGUGCGACUUAUGCUCAUAGGAACGCUGUUCGACAUGUUACACGUCUACUGCCGAUUGUUGAACUUACAGUGUCGAUACGCUGACAUGGGUGCUAGCAUCGUACAGAUGGUUGCAUUAUUCGUGACGUACCGGGCUGAUCUUGAGCGUACCGUACUUUAUCGUUUCUUCCUCGCGCGCUGCCACACGCUGAUUGCUAAGUAUGCCGCAACAAUCGGGAAAGUGAAAGACGCAUGCGCCCAUUUGAACUUCGUGGUAGACAAAGUGCUUCCUGUCCCCACUGUUGACGAGACAUCAUAUCCUGACGCAUACUUAGCCGUAUGGGUCGACGUGCUUGAAGUAGCAACAUAUUGUUGCGGAACGGGUACUGCAGAAUCCUUGUCAACAAGCAGCAGUAAUUUGAUGCGUGUACAGAUAAAGCAUAUCUACCCGAGCCGAAAAUUGCUCGAAUGGGUCGCUCGUAUUUUCGUAUUAGACGGCUUGCGACACCAAAUACAUCAAUGCUGCAAUGUUGAGUUGCGAGCAAAGUACAACCUUGCACUGGCCAAGUGGAUGUGGGCAACGAAAAGCCUGUCAGAUAUUGCCAAAGAGGAAGGGAGGUCACCCUUUACUCAGCACACUGCACUGGAGGAACUUCGUCCGAAGAUGUUUGCUCUCUUACAUGAGGCUCUUCAGCGCAUUAAUACGAGUGUGUCAUGUUGCGAGACCACGUCCGAGAUCAUGGCAAUCUUUGGACCGCAGCUGGUGGCCAUCGGCGACGUGGAGCAAGGAGAAAGUAUACUGAAGAAGGCCAUUCGUAUUGCCCUUCACAGUAAGAAUGUGCUGCUGCAGACGCGACUUCUUGCGAAUGUGGUCGAGCUUUACAAAAGCAAGGGGCAGACAGCGGCACAAGCGGCUGCAGCAAUCAAGUACGAGAAGAAGCUGGCAGUUUUACAGCGCCGUAUUGCGACAGCUCAGAACGAAGGUGAUACGACUGCAGCUUUAUUGCGAUGGACUGUUGGCAGUAGCAAGAUCACAAAGACGUCAAGAGCCUCAUCACAUGGAGAACCAAACUAA